AUGUUCAUUAAUGAGGAACAUCUCAAAGAAAAGGAAAGGACCCAAGAGUUUUAUAGAGGCAGAGAUGAAGCAUCUGGUUUUUGUUAUCUCAAUGAUGUUGUCCUGGGAAUAUUACGAUUGCGACGAAAAUUUGACCGUAUUCUCUAUGUGGAUUUGGAUCUGCACCAUGGAGAUGGUGUGGAAGAUGCCUUCAGUUUCACCUCCAAAGUCAUGAUGGUGUCCCUGCACAAAUUCUCCCCAGGAUUUUUCCCAGGAACAGGUGAUGUGACUGAUGUUGGCCUAGGGAAGGGACGGUACUACAGUGUGAAUGUGCCCAUUCAAGAUGGCAUACAGGAUGAGAAAUAUUACCACAUCUAUGAAAGUAUACUAAAGGAGGUAUAUAUGGCCUUUAAUCCCAAAGCGGUGGUCUUACAGCUGGGAGCUGAUACAAUAGCUGGGGAUCCCAUGUGCUCCUUUAACAUGACUCCAGUGGGAAUUGGCAGGUGUCUUAAGUACAUCCUUCAGUGGCAAUUGGCAACACUCAUUUUGGGAGGAGGCCUUGAACUUCCCAGUUCCACACUGUGCAUGGUCUGACUGGUCUACUGAAGUCUGACUACCAGGUGGUUUAAAAAUAUUAAGGGUAUGUUUGGGUGAAAUUCUGCAAGUUGAAAUUGUCUUUUUAGCCCUUUUAUUAAAACAUUUUUCUCUCCUUCCUUACCCUCUUCCCUCUCCUGCUGUUUUGUAACUAUUCUUUCCUAACUUCACAAUUCUUG